AUGCUUUAUUUCAUUAUCAUUUAUUUUUCAUCAUCUAUAGUUCUAUUAAUAUCUGGAAAUGAAAAUAGAACUAUAAAUCAAUUAUCUGUUAAUAUUGAUUAUACUGAUAAUAAUACAUGGAUUUUAUAUUAUAAUUUAACAACAAAUUAUUCUUAUUAUCUUACAUUUCGAUUAUUUGAACAUGAACAAAUAAAAUAUGGUUUAUUUCCAGCAACAUAUCGAUAUCAACAAAAUUCUAUACAAAUUUUUCAACAAUUUAACUCUUCAAAUAAAUUAUUUUAUUUAUUUAUUAUUUGUUUUCAUUUUAUUCAUUAUGUAAAUGAUAUUGAUAUUCAAUGUAAAGAUAUAUUUAAAUCAAACAAUAAUUCAAAUGAAUCGGAUAUAGAAUAUCUUCCAACAUAUAAGCCAAUGUUUGUACCAUUAAUGUAUGCAUUAAGUAUUUUAAUGCUUUUACCUGUUAUUAUUCAACAUCGUCGUCAUAAACGUGCACAAAUAAAUGCACGACGAAAACAAAUAAGACGUUUAUCAAUAACAUUAUCUCAAGAUAAUCCAAAUCUUCUAGCUGAAAUUGUUGAAAAUGAAAGUAGAAGUUUUAAAAAAAUACCAAUCGAAAUUGAACUUGUUUCAUUACCGUCAACAAAAACAAUGCUUGAUGAUAUUGAUGACAAUGAUAAUGUUACAUUUACAUUAAAAAAACUUCGACCAUUUACUGAAAAAUAUAUCGAUGAUUAUGAUGAAGAUGAUAUUAAUGAAAGUGAAGAGCCUAGUAUUAAUGCAGAUGAUUGUAUUGCUCAUCUUUUAGAUAAUACUCCAUGGAAUUCAUAUCUUAUUGACCAAUCACCAAUGAUUAGUUCAGGAAAAAGACAAACUAGUGACGUUUUCAAAGCACAACACAGUCCAAUAAUGACAACAUUUCCUAAUCAUAGUCAUGACGAUGAUGAUAAUGAUCAACUACCUAUUUUAAAACCACAUGCACAUCAUACAAUAGAUUUAUUUCGAUCAAAUCCGACUUAUACAGAAUCAGAUGUAUAA